UUUGUGAUUUGUGUAUGACUUUUUAUUUUAUUGUUCUAAAUAUUUUUUCAUUUCGUGUUUUACUCGCUCAAUAAUUAUUGUUAUCGUUGUUUUUAUUAUGAAUGUGUCGAUUCGUUCGGUAUUUUUAUUUCUAAUAUCGUUUCGUAAACUUUUUUACAUUCAGUAUUAUCGUUUACGCUGACGUGAGUGAGUGUGUGUGUGUGUGUGUGUUUGAUUUUUUUUUUUAUUACUUAUACGUGUGUUAUUAUCGAAUUAUUAUAAUAUUUUUUUUCUACAUACGUUUCUACGUACGUACGUCUAGCGAAUGUGUUGAAAGUUUUAAAAAUCAUUAUUAUUAUUAUUAUUGUCUAUGGUCGUUUUCUAAUCGUUCGUCCGUGAAAUUCUGCGCCAAAUAUCUGUGUUGCGACAGUGUCGGUCGCGGCCGACAUUGGAAAUAUGUGAAUAAUAAAUAAUAAUUGUUUAUUGUUGUUGGUGUUAAUCCAUCGUCGACGGUAUUACAAUAUUGGGAUGUACGCGUAACACAGCGAAAAAUGGAGUUAUCAGACUCUUCUGGGAGUACGUCGACCGUGACGCAAUCAAUGUGUCACGUACGAGCAUCUGAGUUGUAUCCAAAACGAGAUUUGGAAACCGAUGAAGGCCCUCCCACUCUGGAACCACCGUCAGUACCCUUCACACCGUUGGCCGGCGAAUCAGUCGAAUACCUUGGCCGCGGAUCAAACAACACCGUUUUAGCGUUAUCGAAUUACCGUUUUUACCAACAAGUAUCAAACGAAAGGUUGAAACAUAGAAGAGGUAUUCAAGACAGCAAUAUACCAUUGGGUUUAAUUGAAAUAGUUGAAAUCAAAGAUCUAUUCUACAUGAUAGUCAGUUGUAAAGAUGCACGCACUUGCAGGUGUACGUUUUCUACUAAUGAUUUAUGUCUAGAAUGGUUCAAACGAUUAAACAGAGCUUUAAUAGCUCCAAAAAGUAUCCAAGACAUAUUUUCCUUUGCUUUUCACGCGUGGGCCAUCGAGGAUCAGUGUUUUGAAGACAUUUCAUCAAACUUAGGACACGACAGAGAAGACGAUUAUUUUUUGAAAGAGAUUGAAAGACUAAACAUAAGUGUUAAGGGCGAUGAUUUUAAAUGGAGAAUUUCAGAAGUAAAUUGGGACUACAAAUUAUGUGCCAGUUAUCCAAAUCGUUUAUUAGUUCCUUCGUGUAUAACCGAUCAGGUGUUGGAAGCUGCAGCGAAAUUUCGUAGCUCAAAACGAGUGCCAGUUGUUGUUUGGAGGCAUAAGGGUAACGGAGCUAUUUUAGCAAGAUGUUCACAGCCAGAAGUCGGUUGGCUUGGAUGGAGAUCAUCGGAGGACGAAGAUCUAUUGAAAGCAAUUGCAGAAUCUUGUCAAAACAAAACUAAAAAAACCAAAAAAUUAGUGGUAAUUGACGCACGGUCCUAUCCUUCGGCCGUUGCAAAUCGAGCUCGCGGUGGAGGAUGCGAGUGUCCGGAAUACUACCCUUGCUGUGAAAUACGAUUUAUGAACUUAGCGAACAUACACGCAGUGAGGAAAAGUUUUCAUUUACUCCGUCAACUGUGUGCAUCAUCUCCUGAUCUUCCCAACUGGUACAGUUUAUUAGAAAGUACUCGAUGGUUGCACAACAUGAGCGGUUUACUUCAUGCCGCUAACACCAUUGUGGCGACUAUCGAAUUAGAAAUGCAACCAGUGCUCGUACAUUGUUCCGAUGGCUGGGAUCGCACUCCACAAAUUGUAUCUUUGGCCGAGCUCAUGUUGGAUCCGUACUAUCGAACUAUCGAUGGUUUCCGAGUACUGUGCCAAAGGGAAUGGUUAGAUUUCGGUCACAAAUUCGCCGACCGCGGUCAAGGUGAUGAUCCGAAUGAACGGUGUCCUGUGUUCAUUCAAUGGCUGGACUGUGUACACAACCUGAUGGCACAAUACCCGUGUGCAUUUGAAUUUUCCAAGUCGUACUUAGUCAAGCUAGCGCAGCAUACUUAUUCCAAUCUGUUUGGCACGUUUUUGUGUAAUAGCGGUGCGGAAAGAAAACGCAUAGGAAUUGGCACCGCUACGUUUUCUGUAUGGAAGCAUUUGGCCGCUUCACCCGAGUGCAAAAACCAUUUGUAUUCAUCGCACCAACAUAAUAUUUUGUGGGUUAGCUGUAAUCUGAGGGACAUGAAUCUUUGGAGAGACCUGUAUGUUGGACCAUUUACCGAAGGACCAAAUUUAAAUAAAGCUACCGAAUUAUGUAACUCAGCGUUAGGAAUAGAUGGUAUGAUUGAAACUUUAGUCAAUGAUCAGCCAGUUGUGAUAACUAACGACGAACCUAGUUUAGAAUUUUCUAAACCUGAAGAUAUAAUUUCAUUAGACGAUAGAGAUGACAAAUCAUCAGAUACUAACUCCAGUUCUAGUAUAGUCGCAGAAGAAAACUGUAUUGAACGACAUUCAAAUUCGAUAAAUUACACUUUGAACUCUGUCGAUGGUUUACUUCCUCUUGUAGACGAUGUACAAGACCGACUACAACAGAUAGCAUUAGAUCAUAAGAAUAAAGAAGUGGCGCUCCAAAACGAACUUCAUGUUACUCGGUUGGUAAUCUUACGCCAGGCCAGUCAUCGAUGUAAUGGUGUCGAAAUCAAUACCGUACCUGAAGUAAAUGGCCAAGGGACGAUGGCGGAUAAAACUGACGAUGAUGUGUCCGUAUGUAGCAGUACUGGCGGCGAGACGACACUGUCUUGGGAACCGGUGGAAGCGCUCGAUACUCAACCGACCCUUUGGGUACCCGACCACGCAGUUACCCAGUGUAUGUCUUGCGACAACAAAUUUUGGCUGGGAAGACGGAAGCAUCAUUGUAGGAGUUGUGGGAAAAUAUUUUGUGCCGACUGCUCGCGAAAUCUCGUGCCCCUACCCGCCGAACAACUAUACGAACCUGUACGCGUUUGUGAACCAUGUUUUGCACUCGGUGCAUCCAGCGCCGCCACCAAUUCAGCGGCAAACACUACUUGUAAACAAGCAUUAGCAGACGAUCAAAAAGGCGUAACCAUAACAUUACAGACUGCACCGUCCAAUUAACAACACUAUAAUUUGUUAUAGGUGGAAGAUAGAAGUAUACUCGUUAAGUUGAUAAACAAAGUAAAAUUAUAAUUAUUUAAAAAAAAAAAAAAAAAAUGUAACUAAAUGGUGUUUUCAAUAUUGGAAGGCCAACAUAAGUUUUAUUAAGUAUUAAUUUAUACCGAUCGUUAUUGUUGUUUGGACUAUUAUUUUUUUCUAAUUUAAUGUUUUUAAAGAUUAGCGUAAUAAUAAAGUGGCGAGGUUUAGACGUUAUUGUAAAUAAUUACCUAAUGGUUACCCCACGAGUUGGAUAAAAAAAAAUAAAAGAAUGAAUGUCUCGACCUCGGAAUAAAUACAUGUUAUUCUUUGUGUAAUAAAUUAACAAAGUUUAAUAGUAAUUAUUAUCAUUGUUUUAUAUGUAUAUACUGUUGUAUUUUAAUUUUAUCUACAUAUCUCCCCAAAUUACCAAUUAUUACUGUUUUAGAAAAUACAAAUUUUGGUUUUUAUUUAACGAAAUUGUGUAAUGUUUAUGAGCUGUUGU